AUACAAACUUAAAUAUCAGGGACAUUUGCAUCAUUGCAACAACUACAAACGCAUAAAUACACCUGAAAUUGACAUUGAAAUCAUUAUCAUUAGCAUCGAAUGUUUUGUGUGCGAUACGCGUACAUAACUACAUUGAAUAUCAUUGAAAAUCAAAGGGGUUUUUCAUAUGAAGGUCGACAACCGAUUCUGUAUACAGAUAUUCUAUACAGAUUCAUUGAGUGUUUAUUCUGGACAUAUGGUACCCUAAAGAAUUUUGAUGACAUUUUCAAUCCUACCAAACGUCUAUCAUCAAAUAAUAAUGAAUCAUAUACCAUAUUCAAUGUCAAUAUAAAGUUAUUUAAGGUCGUAUGAGGGCGAUUGAAGGACUUUGUCAAGGAUUUUCAUUACAGUGGAGGUGAAAUUUUAUGCUCUGAGGGUAAUUGACCUCGCCAUCUUAUACAGGCAAAUAUACAUUUUAUUUUUUGAUUACACCACUCUAGUCAUCCAUUCAACUGAGAAUGAUUGGAUUGUACAUGGAUGCAUUUAAGGGUGGUGGUUAUCAUUUAAUUCUUUAAUAAAGAUUGCCUUCCCAUUGUAUAUUACACAUACAAUUAAUGCUAUAUAAUAGAAGCAAUGGCUUCCAAUUUACCUUGAAACAUUCUUUCGUUUGUUUUUUUGCUUUAUUGGAAUGGACCUCCUACUUUUUAUUGUAGUCAUGAUCCAAUGAGUCGAGUUUCAACAAGCGGAAAAUUCAUUCAACGAUGAUGAUGAUGAUGAUGGUGGUCGUGGUUUGAUAUAUAAAGACAUCAGUAGUUGAUAUAUAUGAUGAUUUAUCAUUUCUGCAACUGCGUCAAUAUGGUCGAAUACCUUGGCAAUGAAAUUAAAAUUGCAACCGUUAUAUGAUACCGUUAUAAAACUAAAAUUGGAUACAAUGAAUCUUUUUACUGGAUGAUAAACCUAACUAUGGUUGGGGCUUCACUAAUCGAAAAGCAUUUUGACGCAUCUUCACCCACUGUCCUGUCCUUAAGUUUUUUAUUUGGCAUUGAAAAUGGCGCGAGUCCUUCAUAAAUUUUCAUUUAUAAUUUUUGUAUAUACGAAAAACCGAUGUUGCCUUGAAUCAUAGCAAUGAUACCAGAAUUUUUGGCCUACUCAUUCAAUGCUAUAAGCAUUGCACCACUAUUGAAAGAAUAAGUUUUUUUUCAAUAAUUACGCAAUGCAUUGUGUCAUAUGUUUUUUAUGGAAAAAAAUUAUAUAGUCUGAAUGUGUUGUUGUUGAUGUCCUGAUCAUUUUCCGUUCAUUGGCCAUCAUGGUUCAUGAAAGAAAAAACUGAAAAUAUAACUAAACCUAACCUAACUGAACCAAAGAUUGGUUUAUUCAAAUUUAAGGAAAAAAAUCACGACAUGAUUUUAAAUGUUUAUUGGCCGCUACUGUUUCAUAUAAGAUAAGAUAUAAAUUUAAUGAAAUCGAUACGAUUUUUUGUAUAAAUAAAUAUAUUGAUGAUUAAUCUAAUCACGAAAAUAAUAUAACUAGGAUUAUAUUUCAAUUUGUUAUUUUUUCUAUAUGAAAAUAUUAUUUUAACCUAAAUGGAAAGAAAAAUUUUGAAUAAACUUUAGUUUUCAUCAGGUAGGGAACUUGUUAGCAUCAAAUUCGAAUCGUUUUCUUCGUGAUUAAUCCAUCAAUUAACGUAUUCUGUGAAUCGGACCAACCGGCAUGCAUUCAUGUUUUGUGAUCAUAAAUUUAAAAUGUGAUCGAUUAAAUAAAUUUUAAGCGAUUAAAAAAUGUUCUCCAUCCAUGAAAUUUGAUUUUGUUAAUUUCGGUAUGGAUUUUCAUAACUGGUUUCUUUCUUUCUUUUUACAGAGUUGAAUGAUGAAUGCGUGAAAAUCAAUAAAUCAUUAAAUAAUAGUGUCCACUCGUGUGCAAUCGCCUAGCACAAAAUGUCUAGUCAAACUGGCUGGUUUAUGUUUGUCCGUCGAUCUUUGAUCGGUAGUGGUGGCGGUACUUGUUGCCAUCAUAAUCAUUAUCACUAUCGUAAUCGUUAUUACCAAAAUAACAACUGGAUUUCGAUUUCAUCCAAUAAACAGCCUGAUUCAAUUGAGUAUAGCCAGAAGCAUGAAAGUGAUAGUCUUAUCAUUCAACGGCAUAAAUUAUCAUCAUCACCAUCAAUAACAAAUACUUAUCAAACAAAAAGUGCCUCGAAAGUUGUCAUACUAGAGUCAUUUGAUUCAUCCGUUUCAUCAAUUGCAUAUUAUUCGAAUAUACAUGAAACAUCAUGCUUGUCAAAAUCUCAUUCAUCGAUGCACAGGUUGAUAUUAUUCAAUCCUGUUCUUUAUUCUCGUCAUAGUAAUUCAUUAUCCGUUCCAAAAGGUUUCUAUUCUUUUGAAAAAUCGUCAAUCAUGGAAUAUCAUCAUCAACAUAAUCAUGCAAUGAAAAAGCAAACAAUGUAUUGUGUUAAUGAGGAUGAUGAUGAUGAGCGAAAAUUGUCGGCAACAAAUCUCAAAACAUGUCGCCGUCAAUUAACUUUAUUGGCUGAAACUUUUGCCAAUAAACAUCCACAGUUUGAAGCUCAGUUACAGAGUGCCUAUACGUUGGCUAUUGAACGAUUGAAUCGUUUACAAUCAAAUGCUGAUUAUUUAAAGAAUGCUGCUUUUGGUAAAAAAUCCAAUUCCUUAGAAAAGACCAAUCAUUUUUUACGAGCGUUGGGUAUUAAACCGGAACAUUUGAAUCGUUUGAUGGUUAUCCAUGUUGCUGGUACCAAAGGUAAAGGAUCAACAUGUGCAUUUGCCGAAUCAAUCCUACGUUUAAACGGGUAUAAGACUGGAUUUUAUUCAUCACCACAUUUGGUUGUUGUACGGGAACGCAUUCGUAUCAAUGGUCAACCGAUUUCUGAGGAUAAAUUUGCCCGUUAUUUUAAUCAUGUGUACAACAUUCUGGAAGCAAACAAGACGGAUGAAUUUAAAAUGCCUGGCUAUUUUAAUUUUUUGACCAUAAUGGCAUUUUAUGUCUUUGUGCAGGAGAAUGUCGAUGUAGCAAUCAUGGAAGUCGGUAUUGGUGGUACAUUAGAUUGUACGAAUGUCGUAGAGAAACCAAUCGUUACUGGUGUUACAUCUUUGGAUUUCGAUCAUUGUCGAUUGUUAGGCAAUACGUUAGCCGAUAUUGCCGAAAACAAAGCUGGAAUAUUCAAACAAGGUGUCCCAGCAUUAACCGUUCAACAGCCUGAAGAAGCAAUGUUAGCUUUGAAAACCAAAGCUCAACAAGUAAAAGCUCCACUUUAUAUUGUGCCACCAUGGUCCCAUUAUCCAGGAUCAUCAAAGAUCGAUUUAGGUAUAAAAGGCGAAGCUCAAAAGCUUAAUGCAUCAUUAGCGGUCCAAUUAGUUAAUGUUUGGCUAAGUAGAAUGAAAUUUCCAAACAGUCAAUUUAUCAUCAAUGGCAAUGAUGGAUACGGUUUUUUGGAUGCAGUAGCACUUUGUCAAAAUUAUUUGGCUAUCGGUCUCACUAAAACUGUAUGGCAUGGCCGUUGUGAAAUCAUUCGAAAAGGUAAUACUACCUAUUUUCUUGAUGCUGCACAUACGAUUGAUUCGAUGAAUAAUUGCUGUCAAUGGUUCAAUCAACAAAUCAAUCAUUUCUCAUCUACUCUCGAUAGUAUUUCUAAUGGUGUCCGUCCAAAGAUUCAUCGAAUAUUUGUAUUCAAUUGUACGGGCGAUCGAGAUCCACGACCUUUGCUAACGAAAACGGCUGGUACCGAUUUCGAUUUGGCCAUUUUUACAACAAAUCGUGUGAUGAAUGAGAAGGAAAUUGAUUCUGACAAUUCAAAUUUAACAAUCACUGAAAAUCGUGAAGAUGAAAUUCGAUCGAAUAAUGCAAGAAUUUGGCAGGAACUGUUUCCUCGAGUGAAAAAUCUACAAGUCGAUUGUAUCGGGGUAGCUAUUGAACAGAUUGAAUCUUACGGCAGAUUGGUUCAAUCACCGAUUGUCGUUUUAGUGAGUGGCAGUGUUCAUCUGGUCGGUGGUUUUAUCGGCUUUCUUCAGCCAGAUCUUGUUUCCACAGAUUGUUGAAUUUGUCAAUUGUUUAUUCUUUCAUUGAGAAUUUUUUUUCGGAAUGAAUUAAAAAAAACUUUUUCAAA